AUGAGCACCACCGUCGUAUCAUCUCCUGGUAAAGUACUGGUCGCGGGGGGAUACCUCGUCCUGGAUCCAGCUUACUCGGGCAUCGUCGUGUCCACAUCGUCCAGAUUCUAUACCAUCAUUCAACCCGCGGCAGCCCCAAGCCAUGCGAACCAGAUCCAGGUGCUCUCCCCCCAGUUCACCCAGGCGUCGUGGCGCUACGAUGUGACGGUAGAACCCAAGCUUUCCGUCGUGCCCAAUCAAGAGAACUCCAGCAAGAAUAAGUUUGUCCAUCAAGCUUUGGAAAGUGCAAUACUUCUUGCUACCGAAAUGAAGGGUUCUUCUUCAGUACUCAGUGCUCUUGCCGCGGGGCUGGACAUCACCAUUGCGGGGGACAACGACUUUUACUCCCAAAGAGCAAAGCUCGCCGAAUUAAAGCUUCCACGAAAUUUGGAAUCCCUUACGAAAAUACCUCCUUUCGCUCCGACUGGAGGGUCGUUGGCGCAAGUACAUAAGACCGGACUGGGUUCCUCAGCAGCUCUCAUCACCUCCCUCGUUUCAGCACUUCUAGUCCACUUCUCAGUCAUCUCUUCCGCUGACCUCUCCGAAGACUCGGAAGGACGUCAUCUAGCACACAAUCUCGCCCAGUACGUGCAUUGCUUGGCACAAGGCAAAGUUGGUAGCGGCUUCGACGUUGCAGCAGCAGUCUUUGGUAGCCACCUCUACACCCGCUUUGACCCCUCCGUACUCGAGGACCUCAUGACAGGCGACACGACAUCACCACGUACACUUUUCCCAACUCUAUCGCCGAAGAAUAGAGCAUGGAAUCACAAGAUUCGCCCCUUCGCUUUGCCCCCUCUGACAAGGAUCAUGCUCGCGGACGUCGACGCUGGCAGUGAUACCCCAUCACUGGUCGGGAAGGUGCUGAAAUGGCGCAAGGAAAACGAUGCGGAAGCGCAUGCACUUUGGACAUCAAUUGAUCAAUUGAACCAGUCCCUCGCCAGCAUUCUGACACGGAUCUCUGAGCUCCAUGAUAGGGAUCCAGCUGUGUACAGUGCUGCGGUCAAGUACCUUUCCUCUCUGCAGCCAGUCCAGUGGAUGGCCAAUCCAUGGACGCCACCUGAAGAGGAGGACAUCAUGACUGCAUUCUACGAUGCCCAUCAAACGUCAGAGGCCAUCCGUGCAAAAAUGCGCGAAAUGGGGCGCUUGUCAGGGGUGCCCAUAGAGCCGUCUGAGCAGACCAAACUUCUUGAUGAAUGUGUACGGCAGGCCGGUGUUAUUGGCGGAGGAGUCCCCGGAGCGGGUGGUUUUGACGCCAUUUGGCUUCUGGUGUGCGACCCCGUUGAUUGUUCACCUGAUCAGAGGCCAACAGAGCGGAUCGAAUACGUUUGGAGCCAUUAUGAAAGUGUGUCGCCGCUGAUGGCAGUCGAAAGCAAGGCCAAGGGCUCCAGAACGGAGAACAUCGAUGACAUUAUGGGACUCAAGGACACAUUGCACCUUUCAUAA